AUGUCUUUAACUGAGCUAUCAACUAAUUUCAUGCACACACAACCUUUUCAAAUUGGGUCGUUAGAUUAUGACCCUAAAAUUCAAUCAAUAUUCCCAACAUACUCCAUAAAUGCCUUUCGUUCAUCAAGAACUCCUAUAACCUAUGUUCACUCAAAUACUGAUAUUAUGACUGAUCCGAUUAACGCGAGAACUCAACCUGCAAUUUUAUAUACUGAAACCAGUUUACAUCGCCAUGUCGAUCUUGCUAACAAUAGAACUUCUCCUAUUCACCAAGCUAAUUAUGCACCAAUUACGGCUG